AAAAGGCCCCCUUUCAGUGACCUACACAUUCUGUGUGUGGACGAAAGGUCAAAACGUUGCGUUUUAAAGUGCCUGCCUACGUAUCGGACCAGGCCUCCAUAAGUUCAUCUAUUCACGAGUGCAACUCUGUGAACACAUCUGUGUUUUUCGCCAUAAUCUUACACGCGAAGAGCGAUAGGUAGUCUGUCAAACAUCAAUUAAUCAAUCAAUCAAUCAAUCACAGGUGCAUGCAGCGAGGCGGUGGGGAAACCAAUAUCUGUAAAUCGGUUUCCAUCCACUGCCGUCGGCUUCAACUUCUACACAUCAAACAACACAAAACACUUUUUACACAGAUUUACACUUUUUGAAUAGACACAGGUGGAUGAAAACACACCCGGUCAAAUGUUUGAGAUGAGGAGUCGUCUUGUGCCGAAAACUACACGAAUCACAAAAGUCAUGAGCGGAAAAUGUUGAAUGUCCCAAGAAGAGAACGUCUGAGCUGUGUCAGCGCUAAGCUGAGCUGAGCUGCUCAGAGCGGGAAGGCUGAAACUGCGGCAGUUUGAAGACGUCAUUCAGAAACUGGUGGACUUGAUGAUAAGGCUGGGGGACGAUAUCCACGAGAAGAUCAAAGAGAACACAGUCCUCCAGCAGCAGCUCAGCAACUUGAACUACAACAUGUUUGAGAAGCUGACCUCCGGCGUGCAGAACCUGGUCGGCCAAAGGGGCCAGGCCACGGCAUCCGAGGAGCGGAUCCAGCGGCAGAAGAUUGCCUGGGCCUUCGAGGUGACCAGCAGGCUGUCGGCCACGGGCGUCGUCCAGCGGAGGAGAGUGCUGAGCUUCGGAGAACUAUACAUCCAGCAGCACCACUCUGCCUGGGUCCAGCAGCACGGAGGCUGGGAGGAGGUGUUUGCUGUCGACUAAGCCGCACAGAUCUGCAACUCCGUUGACUCUGGAAAUGGAGGCCACCACUCUGUGAAAAUCCACGGUUUCUUUUUCACCCCGUUCUUGUAAAAUAACAGAAUUUGAGCUACAUCUGGAUGAAAACUGGACAGUGAGGCAGCCUGCUCAGCAGCAGCAGCCUGACAUUUUAUUGACACCCGUUCCCGCUGUGGCUCGUCACAUCUCUGCAGGGCAAAGGUCUUUUUACGACGUCCGUAGCUGAGACGGCCGGCGUGAGGACAACCUGUGCGCCUAGUUAGUCUUAACGAAGCCCGAGCGACCGAGAUGGCAGCACCUCUAGCUGUCCGGCGAGGGAGAACCUUUUAUAUGUGUAGAAUAUUAAGAAAAGAUACAGAGUCAGCCUCUCUGUUCGGUUCUCGUGGAAGGCCUGAGAGCUGUAAGAGCAGCUACACCUCAGAUGUGAUGAUUGCUGGAAGAAAAACAAAUGAAGGCAAAGGAAUAUGCUGCACACCAAACAACACACCAAAUGUUUUUAAUGCAUCAUAUUUUACACGUGAAUAUAUACUCUCUAAUAUUUCUGCACUGUACAGAAGCAAAAACACAACAUCACAGUCAGUAGGUGACUUUUGCUGAGAGGAGCUGCGACGUGCCGACCGUCUGUUUGUCUGGUUCACCCCAGUGGAAGCUUUAACUGUUAGUUUACAGUCAGUGUGAAUCUGAAGGUCAAAGAAAUCACAACCUUUCCUUCGUUUUCAUCUCUGUUCUGUUUCCCUCAGCUGUCCUGAAAACUUGAUUAAAUAAAGGUUAGGAUUAGAGACGUGCUGAGCCACAUUCUGCCAAUUCAAACUGUCAGAUCAAUAAUUUAAGUCCCUACAUUUCAGAGGCCAUAUUUUUCUUACUACAUGUAUUUCUGAACCAUGACUUUCAGUAUUUGCAUCAAGUAACUUGUGAAAAAUAAAGUCAGAUUCAGUGUC